GCGCCAUUGGCGCACGAAAGCAGUUUCACUUCCUGUCAUGGCUCACACGGCUAUCACACACCCGACGAAGAUGAUACCAGCGAAUCCAGCUCGACUUCGCAAGCGCACAGCAACAGCAGCAGCAGCAGUGGUAGUGGUAGCAGUCGUAGCGCUAAUAGACGUGAAAAGCGUGUGCAUAAUGAUGGCACUGAAAGCGAUACCAGCAGUGAGGAGUGCGUACAACUGAUCGAUAAUGACACUGUGCAACACAAUAUACGCAUUGAAUAUGCCGACUAUGGUGGCUCUGAAGCGGCUACCGAUUAUGCUGAUGUGCUAUCGGAGAAGAGUGAGAACACCGAUAAUGCACUCGCCGAAGAUGUUGUUGCUGGCGCUGUGCGCUUACGCUUGCCCAAAAUCGAUAUACAGCCGCAUUCGCAGCCCACCACACCCAGUUCGGAUCACACUACAAUUCCUCUGGAUGGUUUUCUCGACGUACAUCGCAUGUCAUUUGGUUCUGCUCCCAAUUCCGAUUUGACAACGGUCAUACGCGAAGAGGACUCCGACGUUUCGAAUGAGGUCUUCUCGCCGCCAACUUAUGAAUCCAUACAGCAGCCGACUUUGUUGCACACUUUAGUGGUUCCUGUAACUACGUCGUGCAGUCUGAAUGUAAAUGUUAGUGGUGGCAGCUCGAUUAUCUCUUCGAAUUUGAUUACUGAUGGUGCCUCUGGUCGUCAUCGUCGUCAGUCAUCAGUUAAUGCUGUUUCAUGGAAUGAAACUGUUUCGGUGCAAUGCGCUCCGGAUGAAAAUACUGAUCCCGCUGAAGAAGUAGGCUGUAAACCUUCGGUGGAACUGUCCGUCACCAUGCGCCAGAAGUCGCUACAUCGACGUCACCUGAGUUUGGGCAAUGCUACAUACCCCUUGGAUGAGCAGAGUGUGCUGCGGGAUAGCACGCGACGUGACAGUAGCGUGUCUUGGGCACGUGAUGCCGCCACUCAACGUGCCAAAACACGUCCGCACAGUUGGGGGCCCGUUGGUACGGCCUAUUAUAUGGAUUCGUUGAUGUCUGAACCAGUCGAUACUAAGCUGCAUGGACAAUGUAUUUGGAGAUUAAGAUUUCUAGAACAUGGUGCUCCAAGCAAACCGCACAAACGGAAAGAGAUUAAGUUACACGGACCUGAUGCGCCCGACGCGCCUGUUGUCGUUGAACAAUUAAGGCUGCCACACAAAAAAGCUGUACGUGCCGGAGAUUAUUACAUGUUCGAAGAUGUGGAUGAUAAAUUCGAAUUGGACGUAAUCGAUGAUGAGCAAGAUUUCCUAUCGGAACAAGAAAGCGAAAAGAAAUUGCAACGUCGUAAAACGGUCAUAAAUACUGACAUAAAACGCAAGUCCGAAGUAACUCCAUCAACAAGCAAGGAAGCCAAAGAGGCAUCCGAAUUGGAGGAGAAGAAGAAAAAGAGCGAUGUAGUCGACUCUGAGGACUCUGAAGAUGAUUUGGAGGCAAAUCCCAUAAUUCGUCUAUUGGAAGGUUUCCUAGUAUCUCUGACAAUUGGUUUACAUCGCUUGUCACGCAACUAUCGUUAUGUAAAUAAAAUUAUGUCGAAUGAGAAGCGCUUGCUUAAGGAAACUCAUAGCGUCAAUUUGCUGAUACGACCAGCCGCCAGCACAGUCUUUGUCAAUAUUAAGAAUUUGUCGCCAAGUGAUGAGAAUGCAGAUCCUGCUGGCUCGAUUGGUUCUGCUUCGAUUGAUACACAAAACGAAACGAACACACGACCAUUGCCACAUAGUAUAACGAAUGUUACCGAUUUGAAUACCAUCACCUCAGACACCUCCCCACCAUCAUCGUUACCGCCACUCAUAAACGAUACACAACCAGAUCGGCAACAACAAUCAGAACUGCAACAGACAGGGGAUCCACAUGCCAUUAUUGAAAUGUCAGUGGAUACUGUCGAUGAGCGAAAUGAUAGACACGAUGAGGAAGGGCAUGUAUCAAUACAACGAUCCCACAGCCUGGUUAUGCUCGAAGAGGAUUUCACAGCGCGUGAGCAUCACAUCAUCAUCGAGUUCCUCAUUUCCCUUUGGUAUGCAUUACUCUCGAAUACGGACAUAAUUUGCUAUCUGGUGGUGUUUAUUAAUCAGGUGGUAAAUGCCAGCAUUAUUUCUUUGCCUCUACCCCUAAUGGUGUUCCUUUGGGGCACACUCUCAUUGCCGCGCCCAACGAAAACAUUUUGGGUCACACUCAUUGCUUAUACACAGGCGAUUGUGCUGAUAAAAUGUAUAUUCCAAUACAAAUUGAUUUGGGCCAAUUACAUUAAUCUGCCGAAUGAUCCAUUGGCGCCAGCAAAAAUAUUCGGCGUUGAAUUGAAUCCAAAUUAUGCCAGUUAUGAUUUAUUACUACUGCUGGUGCUAUUCUUUCACAGAUUCAUUUUAAAAUCGCAUGGUCUCUGGAAGUCGGAAUACAAGUUCCCACGCGGCACAACAUCAGUCGAUACAACACCUGAGCUAGGAAGUGAACAGCAAUUGCAGGACAGUAACAACAAAGAAAGUCCCAUUAACGAAUUAACUGCUGACGUUAAUGGCGCUCAAAGAAGAAAAGCCAUUACAGAUGUCGGAGAUAGUUCCAUGACCGAAUCAAGAACUGACACUGAUAACAAUGCCAGACCAGAGGAAACGGAUGGUGUGCGAAGAAGAAGCCCUCGAAAUCGACAUAGUGAUAAUCAUGAAACUGAUUCCGCACGCGAUAGCAGAGAGAACGUCACUGAAAAUAAUAGAAAAGAAGGUGGCGCUGAGCCACAGGAUGGCACACACUUGAUUAUCAAAAGAGAUGCUGCCGAAGAUGGUGAUAGAAGAAGUCAAGCGAGUGUUAUGAGUGCUAAUGCAUAUAAGCAAAAGCUGAAGCAUUUAAGACGUGCCAAGUACUUGUCAUCUGUGCGAAAAUUCUUUACGAAUUUGUUAUCAAAAUCUCGCCUGCCAGCUGAUGUAUAUGCGCUGAUGUUCCUCUGCGAUUUCGUCAACUUUUUCGUGCUACUUUUCGGUUUUACUGCAUUUGGUUCUCAACAAUCUGACAGCGCCGGUGGUGUACAAACAUAUUUGGAGGAAAAUAAAGUGCCAAUACCCUUCUUAAUCAUGUUGUUGGUGCAAUUCAUAUUGAUCGUAAUCGAUCGUGCUUUGUAUCUGCGUAAGGCUCUGCUGCAUAAAAUCAUUUUCCAUUUCCUCUCCGUUAUCGGCAUACACAUUUGGAUGUUCUUCAUUGUGCCUGCAGUGACUGAGCGCAGUUUCUACUCAUUGGCGCCGCCAAUUAUUUUCUACAUAAUCAAAUGUUUCUACAUACUAUUGUCGUCAUAUCAAAUUAAAUGCGGUUAUCCCAAACGUAUUUUGGGCAAUUUCCUAACAAAAGGUUUCUCGCUAGUCAACAUGGUGGCCUUCAAAGUCUACAUGGCCAUACCAUUCUUAUACGAGCUGCGAACAAUACUUGACUGGGUAUGCACGGACAGCACAAUGACACUCUUUGAUUGGCUAAAAAUGGAAGAUAUAUUUGCCGAUAUAUAUUUCAUUAAAUGUAGUCGACAAAUGGAAACUGAUUUCCCCGCCAUACGCGCCACUAAAAAGCCGAUACUUACCAAACUACUCAUGGGUGGCCUAUUCAUUAUAGCCAUUGUGAUAGCGCUUUGGGGUCCUUUGUGCAUUUUCGCAUUGGGCAAUGCUGUCGGUCAAUCGAAUAUACCCUUACAAGUGAGCAUUUCUAUACGUAUCGGUUCGUAUGCGCCCAUCUAUCAAACGAAUACACGUGAUAAUAUUAUCGCUUUCGAUGAGUCAAUGUACGGUGACAUGAAGGGUGCUUAUGUCAAGGAUCGAGCGGCAAUAACGUUCCUAAGCAGCUAUGAUGCAACUGAUAUUGCAGCUAUUAAAUUGCCAGGAAAUUCGCCUUCGCUAUGGAAUAUCUCACCACCAGAUCGCAAUCGUUUGCUGGAAGAGCUGAAAAGUAAUGGCACAAUUGUGGCUAGCUUUGCCUAUUCAAUUACACGCAUACCGCCUGACAAGAGUUUAGUGGGUACUGUUUCGAGCGAGAUCGUCUUUAAUAUGAACGAAACGUUUCCUGGUCGAGAAAACUUGAUCAACAUGUUGGAAUCAAAUGGCACCGCUUCAUCGAAGGUUGUGAGCUUGCCCGAUUUGGUGCCUAAAUUUAUUAAGAUACUAAACUCUGGCGAUGUACAAAUUGUGCACCAAUUGAUGCGAAAUGGACAAACUUAUCGGCCGCUUUCGAUUCGUAUGCGCACCAGUUCUUCUGCGCGUAUCUGGUGGGAACUUUCAGAUUUCUGCGAUGAUGAAUUCCACACAAAUUUCUUAUCGAAAUUACCCUUGGAUAAAUGCAAUUCUGGCAUCGUUUUGUAUACGUUUAACGAUAAAAAGUUCCCGUCUACAUUUAGCUUUAUUACCAAAGGCGGCAUUCUUGGCGUGUACACCACUUUCGUCAUUGUGGCAUCCCGCUUCUUCAAGUCCUUCAUUGGUGGACAAAAUCGCAAAAUUAUGUUCGAGGAUAUGCCUUAUGUGGAUAGAGUGCUGCAAUUGUGCCUUGAUAUAUAUUUGGUAAGAGAAGCGCUUGAAUUUGCGCUGGAAGAGGAUCUCUUUGCCAAAUUAAUCUUCCUGUAUCGAUCACCGGAGACGAUGAUAAAGUGGACGCGUCCCAAAGAGGAAGCUGACGAUGAAACGGACUCAGAGUCUAUGCGCAGUCGUGGUAGCUUACGUGGGGCCAGAUAAAAAACAAACGAGUGAAAAACGCACUGAUUUAUUCACACAACAACACAACUCGAAAGUUAUAAGUCUUAAAAUUU